AAAAGCGACAUAAAACGACUAGGUCUGGCCGUGAACGACCUGUGGACACAUUGAACCGUACUUUACUGCGCGCCUACCCUUUGUUCCUUCUCGAAUGACACUGUUCUGGCCAUGCUUGUGAAUUGUGAUGUUCCAUGGCGAUAUCCUUCAGAGGCAAUGCCUUGUUAUCUCGCCUGAAAGCCAUACUCACGUUACAGAGAUUUAACCAUACAUUGAUCGAACAUGAGAUUCAAGCUCAAUACAAUUCUGAUGAUGAUUCUUAUUCUUAUUCUAUGCUCCAGCAAGGUCAAAUUGACGUUUCAAAAUGGACGAAGGUUGAUUCAAGGACCGUUGGGAUAGACCGAUCAAUGAUCUCUCGGGAGUCGUCGAUUGUUCUGAAUAUUCUUCGCAGAGAAGGAUUUGAAGCAUACUUGGUGGGUGGCUGUGUUAGAGAUUUACUCCUAAAUAAAAUACCCAAAGAUUUCGAUGUGAUCACCACAGCUAAACUUAAACAGAUCAAGAAGCAAUUUCAUCGUGCCGAAAUUGUUGGACGGCGAUUUCCUAUAUGUAUGGUGCAUGUGAGAGGUUUGGUAAUUGAGGUUUCUAGUUUUGAAACAGUGGCACAACAUGCUAUAAAAAAGGAAGAUGUUCUUCUCUCUCAAAUACCAGGUGGCUGCGACAAAAAGGAUCUUGUUCUCUGGAGGAAUUCCAUGGAUCGAGACUUCACAAUUAACAGUUUAUUCUUCGACCCUUUUGUGAAUAGAAUCUAUGAUUAUGCUAAUGGAAUGAUGGAUUUAAGGUCCUUAAAGCUACAAACAUUGAUCCCUGCUCAGUUGUCAUUUAGAGAGGAUUGUGCAAGAAUCUUGCGGGGCGUGAGAAUUGCAGCUCGUCUUGGCUUGUCUUUUUCAAAGGAGAUUGAGACUGCCAUAUGUGAACUCUCUCCAUCUCUUAGAUGCUUAUCUAAGUCUAGGAUAAUGAUGGAGGUGAAUUAUAUGCUGUCUUAUGGAGCCGCUGAGCCUUCUCUCCGUUUACUUCAGAGAUUCAACCUGCUUGAGAUUUUGUUUCCAUUUCAUGCGGCAUACCUUGCCAAACAGGCCACUAAGCAAUCCAGUGAAAGUUCCGUGAUGUUGAUGAGACUGUUUUUUCAUUUGGAUAAGGUGGUUACUUGUGACCGACCUUCAGAUUCCACUUUGUGGGUUGGACUUUUGGCAUUUCACCUGGCAUUGGUGAUGAAACCCCAACAUGCUUUUGUGGUUUGGACUUUUGCUUCUGUUUUGUAUCAUGGAAAGUGGAAUGAAGGUGUUAAAUUUGCACGUGAACAUGCUCGAGCAUCUAUUAGUUUUGUACCUGAAAUUUCAGAAAAUUGUGAUUACCUAUCAGAUGAUCUUGCAGAAAGAGUUUCUCAACUGGCAUUGCUAGCGCAACACUCUAUAGGUGCCUUGACUGAGACAAACAGCCUUCAAGAAAUAAUGGCCAAAUUCCCAGAUUUACAAUGUUCUGGUUCGGUAUUUGUAUCCAACAAAAUGGGGACAAGAGUUGCCGAACUUUUUAGUGUUUUGACCCAUGAUGCUGAAUCUUAUAAGAUGGGAAGGCAAAGUUUUGAGAUUGAUUAUCACUUGCUUGGGAAGGGAAUUUUGACUGAGACAAGGUUUGUUCUUGGCAAAGUUAUUGUAGACAGUUUGAGCAGUGAAGUUGUACAAGUGAGUACAGUUGUGAAGGAGGAAAAAAAUCACCUGCACACAUUUGAUUCUAAACACAAGGGAGAGAUGUUUGGGGAGAGUUGCGACCUAGCACGUUCUGAUCAUGAAGUGGGUUACAAUUUUGGAAAGGAGAAUAAAAAACGCAGCAUGUCACCAUCAAAUGUCGAACAGCAAGUGAGGGCCAAGAAGCAUAAAUUGGUUGGGAAAGAAUGCGAACUUUCAGAGCAGGGAAUUGCUAAGAAACAGAAGGCAGUUGUGAAUAAAAAGUCUGAGGAGGUGGAUAAGAAACAAGAGACAUUCAAGGACAAACAACCGCCAGAGGUGGCUAAGAAGCAUAGCAAGGAGGUUAAGAAUAACAGUCACUGUGUGUCACAGCAAGGGAUUGAGACAUGCCAUUUACCACCAGAGGAGAUUAUUACAACGCAGGAAAGUGCAUUAGAGAAUAACUAUCGAUUACUGCCAUCGGAGGUGACAGAAAUCUUGCGGAAGGUGGCUGACAAUAAAAAGUGCCAGGAGAGGGAUGAGAAGCAUUUGAAGAUGUUAGAGAAGGAGAAAUGUCGAUUAGUGCCUAUGGAGGUGACAGAAAUCUUGCGGAAGGUGGUUGACAAUAAAAAGUGUCUGGAGAGGGAUGAGAAUCAUUUGACGGUGUUAGAGAAGGAGAAUUGUCAUCUGUCUAAGAAGCAGCACGGGGCAGUUAAGAAGUGUCAUUUAUCACAGGUGAGGAUUGAGCAGCAGGAAGGGCUGUUGGAAGAUAAAAAACAGCAGAAUGGGGUUAGAGAGAAGAAUGAGAAACAUAAACAAGAAAUAACUACGGAGAAAAGAAGUCGGUCACUGCUUUCUAGUCUCUUCAAGUGAAUGCAUCUUUGUCUGUUGUAAAUUUAAUUAUCUUUUAGGACAGUAUAUCACCACCAAUUAGACAACUGAUAGGUGUACAACAAAUUCCAGGGCUUAUGGCAGCGUCCCUUGUUCUAUAACACAUUCUCAUUCAUUGUAACAUAAUGCCUUCUUUUUGGCUGUUAGAUUAUUUUAAGUUUGAAUAACAUAUGUACUUGCAUUACCUUUGGAUAACUUUUUGAGUAGCUUUAUGUACUGAAUGACUGGUUCAAACAAGUUAUUCAGCCUUGGAUUUUGAUGUACUUUUAGGUUUGAGAUUGGAUCAAGGCAUAAUGCAUUCCUAUACUUGGUGUGA